CACAACACCUAAGUCGCGUUUUUAAACUACAAAGAACGCUUUUUGUUUUUAUAGAUCGAAAGUGCUACAUCAGCAAAAUAAAACUGCAAAAAUAUGAACAACAAAAGAAUAAUAUUUAAAGAACUGCCAUUAGAGAUUGAAGAUGUUGACAAAGAAGCAUAUGAAAAAUUCAAAGUGCCUAAUCUUAAACAAUUCGGUACAACUUUAGUAUCAGAAUUGGUAUACUUAUUGGUUAAUGAUCUGAAUUUUCAAAAAGCUGCUGGUGAAGAUCUUCAUGACAGAGUUCCAAAUUUAGAGUAA